UUCUAUUAUUCUCCUCCUUUCCUUUUUCUCUCCAGAAAACUAUAGAGGAAUCCCUUCGAAAACCCUUUCCACUCCUCCUCUCCUUCUGUGAGCUGAGUUUUGGUUGUUCAAUUUGCCGCUGUCUCCCAAGGUCAUUCCCACAAACCAUUACAGCUACACUUGAGGAGACCACCUCUUUUUUUAGUGCUAAUAACAAUCUUUUCUUUGCAUUAAAUAAAGGGUGGAGUAAGAGUUAAACUUGCUUCCUCCUCUGGUGACACCAACCAAUCAAAGUACUUGCUUUGAUUUGAAUAGCCCCGCCUCUUUAUUUUGCAUAGUUCUUGCUCUGCAGCUGGGGCAUAAUGCAAUAUUCAAAUCUGCAUGCAAAAUCCAUCAGGUAUUCUGGCUAUUUCAAAAGCUGAUGCUGUUCACAAGAAAAUGAAGCAAUUUGUGAAUAUCCUUCCUUGGCAAAAGAUAAUCGCAGCCGGAACAGGCAUUACAGAAACGGAGAGAAAGGCAUGUUUUGUGCAGGAAAAAGAAACGUGCUAUAAUAAUUUGUCGUCCCUUUGGUUACGAUUAGCAUUUUUCUUUUUUUUCUUUUUUUAAAAAAAGGUACAUUCUGUACUGAACCGCAAACUCAGUGAAGUAAAAGAGAAAAAAGAAAACAUAUUACGAUUAAAAGCAGACGGGAGGGAAGAAAUGCAGUCAAUAAACCUAUAAUGAUCUGGACCAAUGGCUUUGGGAGAUCUCUUCAAAGUACAAUGACCUUCAGUGAACUUAAGCCAGAUAAAUCACCUGCAAGAACUGGGAGCUUGACAUGAGUAAAAGCUAGCGGUGGGAGAAAGCAGCAUAAUAAGACCUCUAGGAUUGACACUGUCUUGGGUUCAUCAAUGGAUUCCCGGUGUGAGCAGUGCAGAAAAUACGUUCUUCGCCAGAGCUCUCCUUUUUCUCCUUUUUCCCUUGUCCGAAUAACAGAAGGAGAAAUGAAGUCCUAUUACACUUUCUUAAGAAAGUGUGCAGAACUGGAGAAGAGAGCCCAGACAGAUGAAAUAAUGCAACAGGAGAUCAGGCCUGUCACGGCGGUGGAGAUCAUCGAACAACUGCACCGACAGUUUGCUAUUUUGUCAGGUGGAAGAGGGAAGGAUGGGGCACCAAUCAUUACCUUCCCCGAAUAUCCGGGCUUCAGUGAGAUCCCCAAUGAAGAUUUUCUGAAUGUUGUCACCUACUUAACUAGCAUUCCCAGUCUGGAGGCUGCCAGCAUCGGGUUCAUCAUCAUCAUAGACAGACGGCGGGACAAAUGGAGCGCGGUCAAGGCAUCGCUCACCCGAAUCGCAGGAGCGUUUCCCGGGAAUUUGCAGUUAGUGUUUGUCCUACGGCCGUCCCGUUUCAUCCAAAGGGCGAUCGCUGACAUCGGCAUUAAGCUGUAUCGCGAUGACUUUAAAAUGAAGGUACCGAUCAUCAUGUUAAAUUCAGUGUCUGACUUACAUGGUUACAUCGAUACAAGUCAGCUUACUCGGGAGUUAGGAGGAACCUUGGAAUACGGACACAGUCAGUGGAUACACCAUCGGACUGCCAUUGAGAAUUUUGCCAUGACUGUGAAAAGCACUGCACAGAUGUUACAAGUCUUUGGAACAAACCUGGCGGAGACAGAACUUCCCAACAAUGUCCAGUGCACGGAAGAACUUUUGUGUUCCCACACAGAACAACACACCAAGUUGAAGGAUGAGCUGAAGCUAGCUGUGAAGCAGGGGGCCAUGCUACUGACUUGUAUCCGAGAGCCUGUCUCACGAAGUGCCACCAGCAGACUCAGUCCUGAUGAAAUAGAAAACGUGGCAACAGUGGAAAGGUUGCUUGCCCAGUUGGAUGAGACUGAAAGAGCUUUUGAUCAGUUUUGGUCCAAGCAUCAUCUAAAAUUAGAGCAGUGUUUGCAGCUCCGCCAUUUUGAACAGAAUUUCCGAGAGGUCAAAUUAACACUGGACAACUUGAUGGAAGUGCAAGCAGCUUUCACAGAUAUUGGAGACAGCAUCUCUCGUGUGGAGCAUAUCCUGAAGGAACAAGGACAGUUAGAAGAAAGAGGACAGGAACCUUUGGAAAGAGCUCAGUCCUUGGCGGCCCACGGAGACCAGCUGAUCCAAAAUGACCAUUAUGCAAUUGAUUCCAUUAGACCAAAGUGUGUGGAACUCAGGCGGAUCUGUGAUGACUUUGCCAAUGAAACCAAGAAAAAAUACAAUAUCUUGGGGAAAUCCCUUGAAUUACACAGACAGCUAGAUAAGGCUAGCCACUGGGGUGAAGCUGGAAUCUACCUCUUAGCUUCCCAAGCCGUAGACAAAUGCCAGACACAAGAGGGAGCUGAAACUGCACUCUGUGAGAUUGAGAAGUUCCUGGAAACUCUGAAAGACCACCAAAUGCUGAAUGCAAAGGAAUUCUACAACCAGUUUGACAUGAUCCUCACCCCAGAAAUAAAGAACAAUGCCCAAAGAGUACUACAGAAACUCGAAGAUGUGCAAGAAAUGUUUGAGAAGAGACAAGUCAGCCUUAAGAAAUUGGCAGCAAAACAGACCCGGCCAGUGCAACCCGUUGCCCCUCAUCCCGAAUCCUCGCCCAAAAGAGCUUCUCCUAAAACUGUCCGUCCUGCCCCAUUAGCUCCCAAUAGAAGAUCAGUGGAGAUUCCUAGCCCUCCAAAAUCCAUCUCUGAUGCAGACUUGUCAAAAAAGAAAAGUGUAAAAAAGGCUAAAGGUGGAAUUAAGAUUGAAGUGAUGCAUGAAGCCAGUCAGGGAGGUUCCAGCAGAGUCUUGGUAUUAAGUGAAAGUGAAGAAAAUCUUUCUACUAGGAGAAGCCAUAUAAUAAAUGAAUUGAUAGAAACUGAACGUGCUUAUGUUGAGGAACUUCAGAGCAUAAUCAAGGGCUAUGCCUCAGAAAUGGACAACCCUGAUUUAAUUCACUUGAUCCCAGCUGUAGUUUUGAACAAGAAAGAAGUUCUUUUUGGAAACCUCUCAGAAAUCUAUGAAUUUCACAACAGAAUCUUCCUCAAAGAACUGGAAAACUGCAUAGAAAAACCUGAGCUUCUGGGUCGGUGCUUUUUAAAAAGAAAAGAAGAUCUCCAGAUCUAUGAAAAAUAUUGCCAAAACAAGCCUAAGUCAGAAGCUCUUUGGAGGCAGUGUGGAGACAGCCUUUUUUUCCAGGAGUGUCAGAGGAAAUUAGAUCAUAAGCUUUCCCUUGAUGCUUAUCUUUUAAAACCAGUCCAGAGGAUUACCAAAUAUCAGUUGCUUCUGAAGGAAAUGAUAAAAUGCAGCAAGAAUUCUGAAGGCACUGCUGAACUUGAAGAAGCUCUUGCAACAGUUCUUGAUAUCAUCAAGUCGGCGAACGAUUCCAUGCACCAAAUAGCAAUUACAGGCUAUGAGGGAGAUGUGGCUGAGCUGGGUAAAUUGCUCCUGCAGGGCUCCUUCAAUAUCUGGACCGAUCACAAAAAGGGACACAACAAAGUGAAAGAUUUGGCCAGGUUCAAGCCGAUGCAGAGGCAUCUCUUCUUAUAUGCCAAAAUCCUACUUUUUUGCAAGAAACGGGAAGAGAACACAGAUGCUCACGAGAAGUCUCCUUCCUACAGCUUUAAAAAUUCCUUGAAGAUGAGCACUGUUGGUAUUACUGAAAAUGUCAAAGGUGAUCAUAAGAAAUUUGAGAUCUGGUACAAUGGCAGAGAAGAGGUCUAUAUUAUUCAGGCAGCAUCUAUGGAACUGAAGAACACAUGGGUGUCAGAGAUCAGGAAAGUCCUAACAGGACAACUGGAAGCUUGCAGAGAAGCAAGUCAGCUUCACCAAAGAAUCACAGAGAGCGUUUAUCACGCACCAAUGAAUUCAGCCAACUCCUCCAGGUAUGGCAGAAAAUCCAUGAGUUUGUGCGAAAAUAAAUCUGAACUUUCAAGGUUGGAAACAUCAAACAACCGGAACAUGAGCCCCAGCACCAGGCAGAAAAGAGCCGAUUCUUCCACCAGCCUUAACCUUGAGCGCUCAGCUCUUGCUCGGAAGCGGUUUACAUUGCAAGGGCUUUCCAACCGCAGAGCUCUACCCAAAGAUCCAGACUCUAAAGAGAGAGAUGUUCCCCGUCGCUUUUCCUUAGCUUCCUCCAUCAACAACACAACUAACACAUCUUCUCUAACCAAAGGUCCCCUUGUUCCUGGGGUUAAAGUCAAGAGGCAUGAAAUCAAAAGUGACCCAACUCCUCUAGGUUUUGAAGAUGCCUUUGAAAACACCUUCUUGGCUCAAGCUAACUCCAACGCUGUUUCCUCUACAAGAAUGGUACCCAGAUCAGCUUCACAGACAGGUUGGCCUAGCAGACAGAUGCCAUCGCUAGAUACAUUUGAAGACUUUGAAGCCAUUCCAUCCAGCACUGAGGACCUCUCAAACUCUUCAGAUCUGGAGGAAUACAGCCACCCUUCCAAUGGAUCAAAUCUAUACCGGGUAGAAGGAAGCUUUGACACCUGUUUCCCAGACUCUCUUACUUUGGAGGAGGGAGAUCUAGUGGAGUUUAUUCAAGAAGGAGAGAAUGGGCAAUGGUUAGUAAAGAAGCUAGUUUCGGAAAAAACAGACUGGAUACCUUCCAGUCUGUUACAACCAGCAGAAGCUGAAGCCAACAGCACUUGUAGAAUCAGCAAUUCAGAUGUCUACAGCGAUACCCACAGCUCUGCAUCCACAAACUCAGAUAUGAAGGUGGGAGAGCUGAACAGAAGCUUAACAGCUGGACAGAAAGCUGGAAGCUGAGCAGACCAGGGAACAUCUCCUCAGGGCUCAAUCUUCUCUGUUUACCUGCAGAUGCUGGACCAAAUUGCCUUUUCCCAAAACUCCGGAUUUCACAAUUCAAUAUUUUGUCAACGUGAAAUAGAUUAAAAGAAAAUUAAAAAAAAAAAGAAGUCUUGCCGAGCUAGUAAAUUUCAAAAUACGUUAAACUUCAAAGAUGUCCGAGUUACCUUAGUAUUCGACAAAAGACACCCAUUGUAUGCUUUUCUUUUUGCACUGCAUUUCUGAACGUCGAAAGUAGGCUCAAUUAGAUGGACAACAACAGAUCGUUAUACACCCACAGCCUCGGGGCGGGAGUGCUGGAUUCUUGAAACUCGGAUCACCAACGAUCCUCAAGAUGAUGAUGCUCUGUUGGGCGGAAUGCCUUGCGUUCCUUCGCCAGUUUGGAUCAGCUGCCCGGCCAGCUUUCCGUGGCUCGAUCUACUUACGUGGCUAUUAUUUCAAGACAAUCAGAAACAGGGCAGGGCCAAAAAGAGGAAGCUGAGCAACAAUGAAGAAAGUGCAAUUCCUGAAGCUGAGCCAAAGGUUACACUUUUGCACCAACAGCGAAAGGUGUAACUCGCUUUGGGUUAUGUGUAAUCUUUUUGUCUACAGGGUGUUUUGGAUGCUAACCGGAAGCAAAUAAGUAGCUUGAAACUCCAAAAAGGGGACGAGGAAAGGGCUUUCAUGAAGGCAAUUAUGGGAUGUGGCAUCAACAAAGCAGCUUUGUCCCCUCCAGAGGUUUUGCAUCCAAUGCUGAGAGUUCUGUCUAAUGCUGCAUUUCAGUGUUUUACACUUGUGUAGAAUGCAUUCGGGCAUUUUCUUAUGCUGGGCUCUGGAUUAGAAUACAGAGUUCCUUCCCCAUCUCACCCCACCCCAAUAUUUAAUGCACCCCAGAUAAUGUUUCCCCUCCCCCCAACAUUGAGGUACUUGCAAAGGGAAUGAUUGCUAAGGAGAAUAUGUUGUCUUUUGAAAGUUUCUGGUCAUAUUUUAGGGCGGGGGGAAAGCAUUGCAGCCGUCUGAACAAUAUCAUGAGUUGCCAUAGGCAUACAAUGAAAUCAGCCUGGUCCACUUUAAAGCUUCAGAGGCUGUCAUCUUGCUUGAAGAAUACAGAACAAUAGAGUUGGCAGGGGCCUUCGAGGUCUUCUAGUCCAACCCCCUAUAGAGGACUCUAUCCAGUGUUUCUCAAUCUUGGCUGGCUGUAGAAUUCUGGGAAUUGAA